GAAUUUCUCACGUGUGUGCUCGUGGUACACACAUGUAACCUGUUUAAACUACAUACACAAGUGUGUCGUGUUACUUUUAAUAAUUCGUAAAAGACAUUUAAUAUUAUUAUAAGAUUAUCAACUAGUUAUGGAUACGUACUGAAUCGUCUGAAACACUGAAAUUUUCAAAUAGUUUCAUCGAUUGUUAGCAAUAUAUCUUGCUCAAAUGUAUUAUAGUCCAAAAUAUCGUGUUAUAGACUAUUUAUCGUUUUUUCGUUCAUUGCGUGUCAAAUUUGAUAAUUAUUACUGCAGCAUGUCUGCUUCAGUCGAUACUAUCGAAGACGCGAACAACCUUCAGAAAAUUAACAAAAGACAAAUAGACAAUGACGAUGACGAAGUUGCAGUAAAAGUACAGAAGACAGAAGCAGCUAACGAAGUGGUAGAAAAAGUAAAAAGGAAAAAUUUUGUAAUAAUGAUGGGUUAUAAUGGCAGAAAUUAUUUUGGUAUGCAAAGAAAUCCUAAUACAAAAACUAUAGAAGAAGAUUUAUUCGUUGCUUUGUUGAAAUCUAAUUUAAUUGCAAAAGAACAAUAUGACGAUAUUAGGGAAAUUAAAUUUCAAAGAGCUGCCCGUACAGAUAGAGGCGUGUCAGCGGUUCGGCAAAUUGUUUCCCUGAGGUUACCAAAUCAUGCAAACAAAGAGGAAAUAAAUAAAUAUCUUCCAAACGAAAUUAGAGUAUUUGGUAUAAGGAGAGUAACGAAAGGUUUUAAUAGCAAAAAUCAAUGCGACGCGAGAACAUAUAGAUAUGUUAUUCCUACAUUUGCACUGGCUCCGGAAGAUCCAAAUUUUUUACAAACCAAAGAAGAUGAAAACAUUGACGCAGAUAAACGACUCGAGCAACUUUUAAUAAUAGAUGAAAAACCGUAUAAUGAUUUUCGAUUGACUACAGAUACACGUGGUAAAGUGAAUGAAAUUCUAAAGUUAUUAGAAGGUACACAUAAUUUCCAUAAUUUUACAUCAAAAAUAAGACCAUUGGACCCACGCGCUCGACGUUAUAUAAUGUACUUUCGUUUUAUCGAAACAUUUGUUGCAAAUAACAUGGAAUUCGCUGUGCUCGAAAUUAAAGGCCAAAGUUUCAUGUUGCAUCAGAUUAGAAAAAUGGUUUCGUUGGUAGUAGGAAUUUCACGAAAUAUUAUUACAAAUGAUGUUGUUAAAGAUGCGUUUUCGGUAGAAAACAUUGACAUUCCUAUUGCCCCAGGUUUAGGAUUGAGUUUACACCAUGUACAUUAUAAAUAUUAUAAUGAAAGGUAUGGAACAGACGGAAUCCAUGAAACACUGGAUUGGGAAGAAUACGACGAAGAAGUAGAACAAUUUUAUAAGGAUUACAUUUUAAAAAAUAUUGUCGAUACGGAAACUACCGAAAAAACGACAUUAAACUGGCUGGCAAGUUUUCUGACACCAAUGAGGUUUGCAUAUAGAGAACCUGUCGCAUGAUGAAAAUGUAUUUCAUUAUAAAUAACAUUGUAUUUACAUAUUUGUCAAAAACUAUAUUAAAUACAUUUCUCAAUAAUUAUAGUUAAAUAUUUUUUAAAUUACGAUAUUUG